AUGGAGCCCGAGCUGGAGGCCCAGGAGCAGAGCCGGCCGCGGAGGCGAAGCCGCAGGGCCUCGGGUCUCAACGCCGGCGGCGCCGCGGAGCCAGCGGCCGACACCCCCGGGUCCGGCCAGGACGGCAGAUACUCCCUUCGGAGAGGUAGCUCCUUCACAUUUUUAACACCUGGCCCCCAUUGGGAUUUCACUUUGAAAAGAAAACGAAGAGAGAAAGAUGAUGAUGUCGUAAGCCUUAGCAGCCUUGAUCUGAAGGAGCCAAGCAAUAAAAGAGUGCGACCUCUAGCUCGGGUCACAUCCUUGGCAAAUCUGAUCUCUCCUGUAAGAAAUGGAGCUGUCAGGCGGUUUGGUCAAACAUUACAGUCAUUUACCCUUCGUGGUGACAGCAGAUCCCCAGCUUCAGCCCAAAAGUUUUCCAGCAGGUCGACAGUCCCAGUGCCUGCCAAGAGGAGAAGCAGCGCCCUGUGGUCGGAGACGUUAGACGGCAGCAUGAAGCAGUCUCUAACCUCCAGGGAGAUCAGACGUCAAGAGGCAAUCUAUGAAAUGUCCCGAGGGGAACAGGACUUAAUUGAGGACCUCAAACUUGCAAGAAAGGCCUACCACGACCCCAUGUUAAAGCUGUCUAUUAUGUCAGAAGAGGAGCUCACACAUAUAUUUGGUGAUUUGGAUGCUUAUAUACCUCUGCAUGAAGAUUUGUUGGCAAGAAUAGGAGAAGCCACCAAGCCUGGCGGGACAGUGGAGCACGUUGGCCACAUUCUUGUGAACUGGUUGCCGGGCUUGAAUGCCUACAAAGGCUACUGCAGUAACCAGCUGGCAGCCAAGGCUCUUCUGGAUCAGAAGAAACAGGACCCAAGAGUCCAGGACUUUCUCCAACGGUGCCUGGAGUCUCCCUUCAGCCGAAAACUGGAUCUCUGGAGCUUCCUGGAUAUUCCUCGAAGCCGCCUUGUCAAAUACCCUUUACUGUUGAAAGAGAUUCUUAGACAUACUCCCAAAGAUCACCCAGAUGUUCAGCUCCUGCAGGAGGCUAUACUGAUAAUACAAGGAGUUCUCUCUGAUAUCAACGUGAAGAAAGGUGAAUCAGAAUGCCAAUAUUACAUUGACAAGCUGGAGUAUCUGGAUGAAAAGCAGAAGGACCCUAGAAUUGAAGCAAGCAAAGUGUUGCUCUGCCAUGGGGAACUGAAAAAUAAAAACGGACAUAAACUGUACAUUUUCCUAUUUCAAGACAUCUUGGUGUUGACUCGGCCUGUUACUCGAAAUGAGCGUCACUCCUACCAGGUUUACCGGCAGCCCAUCCCUGUCCAGGAGCUAGUCUUGGAAGACCUGCAGGAUGGAGACGUGAGGAUGGGAGGGUCCUUCCGAGGGGCUUUUGGCAACUCAGAUAAAGCUAAAAACAUCUUCCGAGUUCGCUUCCAAGACCCCUCUCCGGGCCAGUCCCACACUCUCCAAGCCAACGACGUGUUCCACAAGCAGCAGUGGUUCAGCUGCAUCCGCACCGCCAUCGCCCCUUUCCGACAGGCCACCAGCCCCUCGGAGUUCCACGAGGAGUGCGGGGAGAACCCCACCACCACCAGCAAUGCUAGGGCCCAGAGACAGGCGUCCACGGCCUCUAGCAUGACUCAGGGCGAAGCUGAUGGAGACACUGCCGAGUGUGGCGCCCUGGUGCAUACAGCAGACAACACUACGGGCGUAAAAGCACCCCGAGCCCAGACCAGCCUCCGCAAAGCCAGGGACAAAGCCCAGGUCGGUGGCAAGCGGAAGGAGACCCUGGUGUAA